AUGUCGUUUCUGUUCAAGUCGUCCAAGAAGCAACAGGCCUCUGCUCUGCCUGCUGCUUCGCGCAAUCUCAAGUCCUCGGACGGCACCGCUUCCCCCUCCAACAUUCCCUCCGGCCCUGGACAUGCGCGAGACGGCUCCGGUGGCAGCCCGAGGGAAAAGUCUCAGCAAACCCCUACACCCGGCACCAGCGUCAAUUCGCUCACCUCCCUCGGCGAAAAGCUGCAAGACAGUCCCCAAUGGUCGUCCGAGAAGCCUUCCAUAACACCCAGUCCUGAACAAAAGGCUCUGCGCGACCGUGCCGACAGCGAUCUGCAGCAUUCCCGCAUGCGCCCUCACCAAGAUCCUUCGCCGUACCCUUGGUCUCAGCGACACUUGAACUUCACCGUCCCUACAAACCAUCCUUUUCCUCGCUAUGGCGCUGCUGCCAAUUCGCUCUCUUCCAAGGACGGCUCCAUUUACAUCAUGGGAGGUCUGAUCCAUGGUUCAACUGUCAAGGGCGAUCUCUGGAUGAUUGAAUCUGCCCCCAACAAUCUCAGUUGCUAUCCCGUCGCGACCACUUCCGAAGGCCCAGGCCCAAGAGUUGGACAUGCUGCACUGCUGGUAGGAAAUGCCUUCAUUGUCUUCGGAGGAGACACCAAGACAGAUGAGACAGACAUGCUAGACGAUACCCUCUACUUGCUCAAUACAUCCACGAAGCAAUGGUCGAGAGCUGCUCCGGCGGGCCCUCGUCCUCCAGGUCGUUACGGUCACUCGCUGAACAUCAUUGGCUCCAAAAUAUACAUCUUCGGAGGUCAGGUUGAAGGCUUCUUCUUCAAUGACCUUGUCACCUUUGAUUUGAAUGCACUGCAACAAGCCAGUAACAGGUGGGAGACACUGAUUCAGAAUACCAUCGACGGAGGCCCCCCACAUGGACAGAUCCCGCCAGCACGUACAAACCACUCCGUGGUGACGUGGAACGAGAAGCUAUACUUGUUUGGUGGAACAGACGGAGUUACUUGGUUCAGCGAUGUCUGGGCAUACGAUCCACGAACCAAUUCCUGGUCGCAGCUUGAGUGUAUCGGAUAUAUUCCAGUGGCUCGUGAGGGACACGCAGCUGCGUUGGUCGGGGAUGUCAUGUAUGUCUUCGGAGGUCGUACUGAAGAAGGUAACGAUCUAGGCGACCUUGCGGCUUUUCGCAUCACAACUCGGCGUUGGUAUACUUUCCAGAACAUGGGUCCAUCUCCUUCGCCUCGUUCUGGUCACAGCAUGACUGCCUUCGGAAAACACAUUGUCGUCACAGGUGGUGAACCCAGCUCUGCACCGCGCGAUGCUGCCGAACUUAGUCUGGCGUACUACCUGGAUACCAGCAAGAUAAGAUAUCCCAACGAUUCUCAAUCGCAAAUGCCUGCCGAUCAGCGCAUACAAGGUCAUAGGCGACCAAGUGGUGACAGGACAGGGAUUCCGCAGAGUCGUGGCCCUCCUCGUGAGCAACCCGAUUAUGAUGGUCCUCGUCGACCUGGUAGAGAUAGCGCGAUACCAGUCAGUCGAGCACCUGAGCCCAUGGCAGUGGGCUCGAGGCUGCCUCGCGCGGCGGGUCCGCCAGGACCACCGGGUGCAUCACCACAACUGAAUUCUAAGCCUACAACACCGCCAAGUCGCCAACCAACCAGACCAGAGCGUGCACUUAGUCCAAACCAAGCUAGCACUUCACCCACCGUUGUUACGCGCAUGGCUCCUGGACCUUUCCACAGCGACUCGUUUGGCGCAAGGACAAUGUCACCAGUAACGGCCACUGCUACGAUGGCAACCUCAGCAAACAACAACAAUGACAACAAUCAUCUACGGAACGCAGAGGAGGAACAAAACAGAACACCACAAACAUACAAGCCAACCCACCAACCCGUUUCAUCUAUUGACCAAACCUUCUCUCCCCCAUCUCGCACCAGCUCAAGAACGGCAGGACCACAACAAGCUUCCGAGAGCGUUGAAGAAGUACCGGAGCAGCCAAUGCAUCGCGCUCAUCCAUCACUCCAACAAGUGGACUCGCAAGAAGUGUUAGAUAAGGUCCGCCCAGAAGCACAGGCAGAAAGUCCAAUCAACAGUGCAAUGGACCAAGCUCUUACAUCUGACAACGCUGCCAACAGCUCGAGCAAAGAGCUGGAGACCGAGAAGACAAAGAACGCUUGGUUCGCAUCAGAGCUUGCGUUGGCAAGAAAAGCAGGCUACUCAAGGAGUACAACCAAUACCCCGGCCCUCGACGAGCGCUCCACUGAUGCAUUCGGCGAUGACGAUAAACCGCUUGUGGAAGCCUUGCUCCGUAUGCGCGCAGAACUGGUCAACGUACAAAACUCAAUCGAGAGCCAAGCAGAAGCUGCGGCUACUCGCAUCGCCGAGAUAGAGAGACAGAGAGAUAACGCCAUCAGCGAAGCCGUUUUUGCCAAAGCAAAGCUCGCUGGCCAAGGCGGCGCUUCUCCUCUAAUUGACUCGAGCCGACGCGGUACGCCCGAUGCCGAUCGUGUUGGUGACAUGAACAGACGACUUGCAUCCUCACUCGCCGCUCAAACAGAACUGUCCCGUAAAAUCGACAGUCUGAUACACGAGAAGGAGGCCGAGAAGCAAGCUCGACUCUCGGCAGAGGAGAGCGCAGAAUCUGCUCAACAACGUGUCUCUGAACUCAACACAGACAGGCAACGCAUUUCUUCCGAGAUGGAGUCGCUGCGCGCUGAACUGCACGUAGCUCAAAAGACUGCCAGAGAAGCAUCUGCCAACCAUGCUGAGUCGCUCGCCUCUCACAAGCUUCUGACCGUCGACAAGUCCGAACUUACCACUAAGCUAGAGAAUGCUCUCGCAGAAUCGGCGGAACAUGGGACGAUUCUGGGUUCCUUACGCGAAGCACUUGCAGCUUCCACUGACAAAUCAACUCUUCUGGAGGAUCGUCUCGAAGAGGAGAGAAGAGGGCGGAACGAGCUCGAACAGCAAGUCUCGCAACUACGUUCACAACAUGAGGAGCGUGCUGUAGAGCUCGAGACUACAAGCAGACGUCUCAGAGAUGCGGAGGGUCUCGCAGAGAAACACGCGGCCGAAGCACGUACUCAUCGCCAAGCUGUUCUUGAUGGUCUUAAUAAGAUCUCGACUCGUGGCUCAGAUACGCGUGGUAUCGUCGACGAGCGAGUCUCUAUUCUCCAGGAACAGGUUGAAACCGCAAAUACCAUGGCCAAAGAGAAUCAAGCUGCGGCUGAUGUUGCCUCUGAGAAACUGCGACGUGCCGAGGAGCGCAUCGCUGGACUUGAGUCUUAUCAGGAACAAGCUAGCCGGGAAGGUCUGACCAUCCGAAAGCAACUACAGAAUGCACUCAGAGAGGCUAGGGCCUUGACUGAGGAGCGAGCCGAGCUUCAGCAGCAAUUGCAGAGCCAACAGCUCGAGACAAAUGCAAUCGCUGUGCAGCACGGUGCGCUCAAAGACAUCUUGUCUGAACGCGGUGUCAACCCUGUCGAUGUACGCAAGUCUCGAGGCUUUGACUCGCCUUCUUCACAAAUCAGAUUCGGCACACCCGACAUUCAACGUGUGAAGGAGCUAGAACAGCAACUGGAAGCCAACUUUAGAGCGCACGAAGACAUGAAGACAAGUCUUGAGGAGAUGCAGGACCGUGAGGGUCUUACCAGGAAAGAGUAUGAGGAGAAACUUGCGACGCUUCACAACGAUCAUCAGGCCGCAGUGAAGUAUCUCCGUGGCACAGAGAAGAUGCUGAGUAAGAUGAAGCAAGAAUUGCAGCGUGUCAAGAACCAGGCCGCCGAUUAUGCCAAAGAGAUCGAGACGAUGCGCUCGAAGGAAAACGACACUCGCAGUCUGGAUCACGAGUCCGGUACAAACUCACACAGCGAAAGCAAUGUCCUCCGCAGUGAUCUUGAGAGUAUGAAGACUGACCUGGAAACACAAAUCUCGAGCCUGCACCGUCAACUUGGAGAAAGAGAAACCGACCUCACCUCUCUGCGCAACUCGCAUGAAGCCACGCAAACCAACUUUACAGCGCUUCAAUCGACCCAUGAAGCUUCACGAGCAGAUCUCGAGCGCUUGCAGAGAGAGAACGCGCAUCUGGAAGAGCGGGCUCGGGAUGCCGAGAACAAGGUGCAGCUUCUUCUUGAUCAAGUCGAAUCGUCUGUCGACAACUAUCGCCGCCAAUCCACACUGCCGAACAGCAACGCCAAUGGGGUCGGACACCACAGAGCGCUGAGCAACGUGAGUGCUAGCACCGCCCAUUUCAUACCCGCACACUCAGGGGGCCAUUCGCGCGGUGAAUCCAUGGGAGGUGAUAGCAUCUACUCUCAGAGUGUCGCGGCUUCAGAGAGCGGUGAGAAUGAGGCACCUGACGGGCGCGAUAGCCUCGCACUUGACAACCUGGCAACGGAGCUGGACGCUCUGCGCACGCAGUGGGAGACGACUAACAAAUCGUACCGUAUCAGCGAUCUUGAGUUUGAGAAGACACCAACGUCUGGCACAGCACCUGCCGAGUUCGGGCUGGACAACUGGAGGCGUGGUCUGGAAGUCGGUGAUGAGGACGACGAGAGGCCGAGCACCUCAAGCUCAACUGCUCAACCCAUGACCUCGUCGAAUUUGGCUGCACACUCCUCGGGCAAGGAACGAGUAUGA